CUUCCACCACCUUCUUCUAGGUUCCUGAUCCUUCCACCACGUACCAGAUCCGGUAUUUAUAUGUAUCCACAAAUCCUGCAUAGAAACAUGGGCUCACAAAAGAUCCAGCUAACGGUCUUCGAGACCUUAUUACAAGACGAUACCCCAGUAUCAGGUGUCUCGUCAUUACCUAUGGCUACACCAAAGGCGGAGAAAUUGGAGGUCGAUCCUGUUGGGAUUGUAGAGGCGGGGGAUCAUUCCAACGACGACCAGCACACGCCUUGCCCUCCCGGACCACUCCUUCAGGACUAUGAUUCUUUUAGUAAAGGGAGUGUCGAGGGUGACUUUGCCUUCUUACCACCUUAUUACGAGGACGACGACGAGCAUGUAUAUCCUGAACCCGAGCUUGAAGAAGGCUUGGGUCAGACGGUACCCGAUUUUAAUUCAUCGUUGGCAUCCCUUCCUCUCACCGAGGCCGGAGAAUGGAUUCCGUCGUGGCUUCAGGGUGUGUCACAAGCACAGGGGAGUGACUCCCCUCUUAUUUCCUCUCGGCUCGUCGUUGAGCAGGAUGUUGCUCAUAACACGGGGACGCGCUACAAGCGCAAGCACUCCGUUGCACUGUCCGACGAUGCUUCUCAGCGCCGCGUCCCUCUAGGUCCGCUGAGCCUGCCCUCCGUCUCUCAGAGGGCACUACCUAAACAUACGCCUCCUGACUGAUGGCGGCGACUCGCCUCAUCCAUUGACCCUCGUUGGCCUGAAACGCCCGCAUCCAGCUUAUAUUGCUGACCGUAUUUCUCGUAUACAACGUCAUGCUCACGGCGGGAACAAGCACCCGUCUUACCAUAUGCCUUCGGCAGGACAAGGACAGCGUCUUUGAUCCGCAUUUUUCCUACCAUUCCAUGGCAAUGAUACUACUCCGUUUUUCCCUUGUUUCCCCAACAGCGGCUGCACCUAUCAGCAU